AUGCAGGACCCAAAGGACGUCGCGGACUUCCUACGCCGCAAAAGCUUGGCUGUACGCGAGACAGACACGCACUUCGUGGUGCGCGACUGUCCGUUCUGCCAUUCCACGCACGGCAAAACCGACAACCUCUUCAAAAUGUACGUGCACAGGACGCAGGGUGUGUACAAAUGCCACCGCUGCGGCUCUGCUGGUAGCUGGUUCGACUUUAAGCGCAAGCUGCAGGGCAGCGUGGGCGUCGCGUCCUCGAGUAGCGCGUUAUACGGAGGCAUUCAUGCUGGAAAGCCUGGCGCUCCAGCAGAGGUGAAAGUUAUCCAGGCCCUGGACAACGAGAAAGCUAUGGCGAUUCAGAAAAACCUGCUGGACGACCCCGAAUUUGAGCCUGUGCUCCAUUACCUUACGGACAUCCGCGGUCUCUCCAAGGAGGUUCUGCAGAAGUACUGUGUUGGUGCAAUCGAGCAGCCGUUUUGGGACCACGACGCAGGCGAACGCGUCAAUGCCCACUGCAUCUCCUUCCCGUGGAUGGCUCGGCAGAUGGACAUGGACGCAAUGGGCGUUGUGUGUCAAGAUGAGAAAAAACAGGCAGCAGAAGACAAGAAUUUGUACGACGUUGUCCGACUUAAGCUGCGUGCAGUGGAGGAUAAAGCCAAGCAGCAGCUUGUACCAAAGGGUGGCAGUUGGGGACUCUUUGGCUGGAACACCGUUCCUGCCACUGCACAGGAGCUGGUGCUUACAGAGGGGGAAUUUGACGCAAUGGCUGUGCACCAAGCCACUGGUAUGGCCGCUGUGUCACUACCCAAUGGCUGUCAGUCUCUCCCUCCGAGUGUAUUACCUUUGUUAGAGCGAUUCAAGCGCAUUUACUUGUGGAUGGACAACGAUGCCUCUGGACAGUCAAAUGUUGAGAAAUUUGCUGCGAAGCUCGGUAUGGCUCGUUGCUAUAUAGUGCGCAUGCCAGCGAAUGCAGCAUCGUCUUCUAUCAAGGACGCAAACGACGCUCUUCGAGCUGAUCUGGACCUUACAGCUAUCGUGAACGCUGCAGAAAUUAUGCCGCACACUCAGAUCACCACGUUCGAGGAGCUGCGUCGUGACGUUUACGAGGAAAUCGUCAACCCGUUGAAGGCUUGUGGCGUGCAGUCGCGUGCCUUUCCGUCACUAAACAGACUGAUGAAAGGUCAUCGUAUGGGCGAAGUGACAGUGUUGACGGGGCCUACAGGCUGCGGCAAGACUACAUUCCUAAGUCAGUUAUCGCUGGAUUUGUGUGGCCAAGGAGUGAGCACAUUGUGGGGCUCGUUUGAGAUCAAGAACACUCGACUGAUGCACAAGAUGCUCACGCAACUUGCACAGCGGAACUUGUCAGGUGACGUCAAGGCUUUUGAAGCCGCAGCGGAUCGAUUUGAGGCGCUUCCGAUGCACUUUUUGCGCUUCUUUGGUAGUACCAAUGUCGAUGAAGUGCUGGACGCUAUGGAGUACGCGGUAUACGCCUACGAUGUGCAGCAUAUUCUGCUGGAUAAUGUGCAGAUGCAGCGUUGGACAAGUUCCGGAAAUCUCACGCUGUCGUCUGUCUUCGGCACGGCCAAAGCUACUCAAGAAGCUGAUAACGUGCUGAUCUUGCAGCGUACACGUGGAGAAUCCAAGCUGGAUAUCCGAAAGAACCGCUUUGACGGCACCUUGGGCUCGAUCCCGUUGAGGUUUGAACUGGAUUCUGGCUCCUUGCGUGAGGUAGGAACCGAAGGGAUGUCCGAGGGCGUUGCAGCUGUUGAUCUUGAGGCGGAGAUGGAGCUCGCUCAAAGGCGACGCCAGAAGAGCUCUCGCACACAGGAACCUCUGCAUCCAGAGCCUUUCGACAUUGAACCACAAGCUGAUCAAUCUUCGCAGGCUUUCCAAUACGCCAACGGAAGCUCCUUGCCCAGACUUAAUGGCGACGAUACCGACGACUUCAAUGGGAAAAGCAGUGCAAGCGGAGGUGAACCCUUUGCUGCUUUUACGCCUAUCAUCACACGGUAA